AGGAGCAGCGGCCACAGCAGCCAACAACCAUCAUCUGGCGAACCGCAACAACGGCAGCAAUGCCCUACAAUGGUUAUAUCCAUGCGAUAUCCAAGUGGAUCCGACCUCACCAGUCAUUGAUAUGUCAAAUUUGAAGGACUUUGAGGUCAGUUCCACCACUGAGAGUCAAGGUCAGUACACCACCACGACCCAAAACAAGGGAGAUUCUUGCAACAGCUUCGAAUAUCAGGAUCGUUUGGCUUUGGCACAAAGUCAGAAGGCGGCAAACAUGUCCCAGGCAACAUCGGGCAGCAGUGGCAACCAAAAUGUCACCAAGUCACCAUUUGAGAGGGAAUUGCAAAGACUGCUAAAUGAAUCGUCGAGAGCAAGGGGAUUGACAACAAAUCACAAUUCGGCUGCUGCCACAGCAUCGUCAUCAACUGGUGGCAAUAUCACCUCCGGUUCUAUGGGCAAUGUUGAGGGUGGCAACACCACCAGCAAUAGCAGCAGUCGCAACAACAUUGACAUCAGUUAUUCGGGCAGCAACAGUAAAUUAAGUUCCAAUGGGUUGAAUGUGGCCGCCGGUAUUGGAGGCAGCGGUAGUCUGGGUAGCAACGGCAACUUGAGUGGCAGCACACCGCUCAGUGGCAACAACAAUCUGAAGAACGUAACCACCGCCAUGGCAGUUACAAUGCUGGAAGAGCUCAACUCACCGACCAGUGGACAGAGGCAGGGUUCCAAGAUACCUGUUAGUACAAGCUUUAUGAUUGCCAAACAUCCUGUGGGUCUAGAGGCUAUAAAGGAAAUAACCCGCAAUAAGAAUCCCUCAGAAUCCAGUCAAAUGCAAACAUCGGAUACCGAAUCCUGUGAAAUUUUGCAUGAGACUCGCAACCAAUUAAAUCUGGCCAUGAUGGAUCACCAUCACAAUAACAGCAUGACCAACAAAUCGUCGACCUCAACCAAUGGUACAAACUACAAUAAUUUUCCUCAGCAAAUGACAGCGCCACCAUCGCAGGGCCACCACCUGCAACAGUCAUCGUCGCAGGCAUCUACCAAAGAACACAAUCAUCGUCACAGAGUGCGGCCACGUUCCAAAGAAUACGAUCAAAGUCACGAGAGUCUCGAUCAGUUGCAGGAGUCGGGUGAAUCGAAAUCGAAUGGUCGUUAUAAUCGGCAUCAUCAUCAUCACCACCAUCAUCAUCAUCACAAUCAUAAUUCGCAUCAUACACGUCCCACCCGCAAUACGCAUCAUCAUUUGGUCAACAAUCACGAUCAGGAUGAUGAACGCGAUGAUACCGAAGAUAAUUUGGCCGAUGAAGAAUUCGAAGAUGAUGAAGUGGGUCGUGAUGUGCGCAAGAAACGUCUAAUGCCACCGACGGAAUUGGUAAAUCAUUAUCGCAGUGAUGAUGACGAGGAUGAUGAUCAUAUUCGUGGUGGACAGCAGUUGGAGGAAGAUGAUGACGACGAGGACGACGAUGAGGAUGAUCAUGAAUGUGGUCCUGAAGAGGCAUUAGUUGGUGGUGGCGGUCAUGGGGAUACAGGUCUAUUAAAUGGUGGUGGUGGUGCUGGCCCGAGCGGUAGUUAUCACGAUCACCGUUUGGAUUCACUGGAAACGAAUGUGAUAAAUGAUGAGCUCAAAUAUGGUGCCGGUCAUCAUAAUCAUCAAUCGAUGGACUCAAAUCAUUUGGAAAGUCAAUCGGAAUGGUCAGAUGAUGAUUGUCGUGAGGAGGCGACAGGCGGUGCUGAAUCCACUGGCUAUAUAACCGAUGAACCCGGUCUAGAAAAUAUCUCUCUACUUAAUGAGGCUGGUCUAACCGAUGCCGAAGGUGCUUUAUCCGAUGUCAAUUCUUUAUAUAAUGCUCCCGAUGUUGAUGAUACAUCGGUAUCGUCGCGUGCCAGUUCAAGACUCCUUAGUUUAGAUUCUCUCAGUGGUCUGUAUGAUUGUGAUAUGGAUUCGAAACAUGAAAUGGCUAUUGUUAAUGUCUCCAAUAAGAUAACUAGUAAAUUUGGACCACCACAGCAGCAGCAACAACAACAACAGCAGCAACAUCAACAGCAAUCACAAAAUCAUCAUCACACACAUCCAUCACACCAGCAGCACGGAACAGUCACCACAGUUUACGAACAACAUUCGUUGGAUUUCCGCUUUGUCAAAUCACCUGUGACGAUUUUAUAA